UUUCGGAAACUGCAAUUCCUCUGUUUAUGAAAACAAUUAAUAUCAUUAUUCAUUUCUUGAAUUCAAUACAUGAUGUGGAUUCAACAGCUUCAAAGGCAAAAGAUGAUUGAGAAGAUAUAUGAAGAGGAUCCCAAAUAUGUUCAUUUCAGUGGAUGCUAGAUGGGUAAAUUGGAAAUUUUAUUUCUGUGAUUCAUGGAAUUGGAUAAGAACCCAUGAUAAGGCUCCAUUAUGGGGUCCUAUAAUAUGGAGAAGAAAUGGCUAUUUCCUAUCAUUAUGAUCUCUGCAAUGUACAUGUUCUUUCUUGUCAAGUACUGCAACAUGGGACUUGUCUCUUCAAUUCACAACUUCACUUCAAUAUUCUUCUUUCUUCCAUCUUGUCUUCCCAUAAACCAAACUGCUCCAGUUUUUGUGGAGACAAAGAUUGCUCCUGCUCCUGCUCCAGCUCCUACUGGACUUGCAAUUCCUCGUUUUGCUUAUUUGAUUUCUGGCUCAAAAGGUGAUUUGGAGAAGCUUUGGAGAACCCUUCUUGCUCUUUAUCAUCCACUAAACCAUUAUAUUGUUCAUUUGGACCUUGAGUCACCGCUAGUGGAAAGGCUGGAGCUUGCUUCUCGAAUUGAUAAACAGCCUGUCUUCACUGAGGUUGGAAAUGUUUACAUAAUUCAGAAAGCUAAUAUGGUCACUUAUAGAGGACCAACUAUGGUUGCUAAUACCCUUCAUGCUUGUGCUAUUCUGCUCAAGAAAAUUCAAGACUGGGAUUGGUUUAUUAACCUUAGUGCUUCAGACUACCCUCUUGUGACUCAGGAUGAUCUUCUAUAUGCUUUUUCUGAUUUAGAUAGAAACAUUAACUUCAUUGAGCAUACAAGUCAUUUAGGAUGGAAACUGUACAAACGAGCAAUGCCUUUGAUUAUAGACCCAGGGCUUUACAAGUCAAACAAGUCUGAGGUAUUUUCGGUCGGUCCUGAGAGAAUUUUACCAACAGCAUUUAAACUAUUUACUGGUUCAGCAUGGGUGGUUGUAUCAAGGGAAUUUGUAGAAUAUGUUGUCUGGGGUUGGGAUAAUCUACCAAGGACCCUUCUUAUGUACUACACUAAUUUCAUAUCCUCCCCUGAAGGCUACUUUCAGACUGUUGUAUGCAAUGUGCCAGAACUAGCUAAAACUGUUGUCAACAAUGACUUGCAUUAUAUUUCCUGGGACAUCCCUCCCAAACAGCACCCACAUGUCCUUAACAUCAAUGACACCAACAAAAUGAUUGCAAGUGGUGCUGCCUUUGCUAGGAAAUUUAAGCAAGAUGAUCCAGUCUUGGAUGUGAUUGAUGAAAAUUUACUACAUAGGGAAAAGGGACAAUUCACCCUAGGUGGUUGGUGUUCUGGCAAACCCAAAUGUUCCAUGGUUGGUAACAUCAACAAGAUUAGACCUGGUCCAGGAUCUCAAAGGCUUCGUCUCCUUGUAGCUAGGCUAGUUUUGAAUGCUAGAUUUGGUCAGAAUCAGUGUAUAUAG